GCGGGUGUCGCUGUGGCGAGCGUAUGACGUUUGUGCCGCCGUUUUCGCGGCGUGGUUGUGAAGGCGUCGUUACGCUGCCGGUGGGGGGGAAGCGAUGGAGAACGAGCGGGACCGUCUCUGCCCCAUGGAAGAAAAAGAGGCAAAGGAGCAAGAGGACGAGGAGGAACGGCUGGAGAAAGAGCAUUUCUGGAAAAUCAUUAAUGCUUUUAGAUAUUAUAGGUAAACUUGAAAACAAAACAGCCGGCAACCGACAGAGAGAGGGUGGGAUAUAUGCACAUGAGAGGGUAACUCGUUCUGAAAAGCAAUUCCGGUCACUUCCAGCAGCUCAUCGGAAGCUGCUUCCUAAUUUUCUUCCUCAUGUGAAAAAAUUAAGAGAGUGUAUUGAACAUAACUAUGAAAUACUAAAAGAAAUCAUAAACAACUGCAAUCAUAUGUUUGAAAAUAAAGAAUAUGGAUUCAUUGACAUGGAGACUGACUUGGGACGAUUAAAACCAGCAUCCACCUUUGAUAUGGACAAACUCAAGUCCACCAUUAAGCAGUUUGUAAGAGACUGGAGUGAAGAUGGCAAGGCUGAGCGGGAUGCCUGUUAUCGGCCGAUCAUUGAAGAAAUCAUAAAGCAGUUCCCUCGAGCAGAAUGCAAUCCUGCUGAUUUGAAUAUUCUUGUACCGGGAGCAGGACUUGGAAGACUGGCCUGGGAGAUUGCUCGACUGGGUUAUAGUUGCCAGGGUAAUGAAUGGAGUCUAUAUAUGCUCUUCUGUUCACAUUUUGUACUCAACAGAUGUUCUGGAGUUAAUACAAUGACUAUCUAUCCUUGGAUCCAUCAGUUUAGUAACAAUAAGCGAUCAGCUGAUCAGAUUCGACCAGUACAUUUUCCUGAUGUUGAUUCUCACAGUCUUCCUCCUCAUGCUAACUUUUCUAUGACAGCAGGAGAUUUUCAGGAGAUAUACACAGAACCAAAUGCAUGGGAUUGUGUGGCAACAUGUUUUUUUAUUGACACAGCUCAUAAUGUUAUUGAUUACAUUGAAACUAUAUGGAAGAUUCUGAAACUUGGAGGAAUAUGGAUAAACCUUGGUCCUUUACUCUAUCAUUUUGAGAAUAUGGCAAAUGAAAAAUCAAUAGAACUGAGUUAUGAAGACAUUAGGCAUUGCAUUCUUCAAUAUGGAUUCAAAUUGGAGGUAGAAAAGAACUCUGUACCAUCAACUUACACAGAAAAUGACCAUUCCAUGUUAAAAUAUCUUUAUGACUGUGUCUUCUUUGUAGCCAAAAAACCUGCACAUGCACCACCUCUAAAUGGCUUUCCGCCGGUAAACAGUUGAGAAAGAAAAUGUUCAUCUUUUCUGUGAUCACAGACUUUAGAUUAUGAAAAUGGAGAAAGGAGUUACUCAGAGUCAGGACAAUCCAAUGACUCCAGAGACCACCGUACUCUUAAUAGUGCCUUUUUCUUUCUAAGUUACUUCAGGAAUUCCAAUCUAUUUCAGCCGUGUUUUUGGACAACCAGAAAAGUGCAAUGAAAUAAUUAUCUGUAAGACUGGCAAAAUGAGCAAAGUUGAAGAGAGAAAGAAAUAAAAUAUGAUACUCAGUGUUAUUUUCUGCUGAAGUUA